CCUAUGAGUCCAUGCAGGCUGUGUUUGACCUAAAACCCUUCAGGCCAGCAGUGAACCUCAGCAAUCCCACCAUAAGCAACAUCUCCUUCACCCUGUAUGCUGUCCUGGGGGUGAAUGAGAAAACCCAAAUACUCACUACGUUCCUGUGGCUGAGACUGUACUGGCACCAUGAGUUCCUGGUUUGGGACCCUGAUGAGUGUGACGGCGUCACCAGGAUUUCUCUCCCUGUGAAGCAGCUCUGGUCUCCAGACAUCAUCGUGUAUGAGUUCGUGGAUGACGAUGUUUCCCAAGCGUGUCCUUACGUCUAUGUCAACCACACAGGUCACAUCCGCUGGGACAGGAUGCUUCGGCUCGUCUCAGCCUGCAACCUGGAGAUCUUCAGUUUUCCUUUUGACGUGCAGAAUUGCACAUUUACAUUUGGCUCCUACAUGCACACCAUAAGGGAUGUGAGGGUUGGUCCAGCCCUGACCUUUGAGGAGAUGUCUGGAAACUCAAAGCGUUACCUGGAAGCCAGUGGAGAGUGGGAGCUGGUGGACAUACUGGGAGAGACCUCUAUCCUCCAGUUUGGGAUAGAUGAGUGGGACAUUAUCACCUUCUGGGUGGUCAUAAAGCGGCGUCCGGUGCUCUACGUGGUCAACCUGCUGAUCCCCAGCUCCUUCCUCAUGCUCAUCGAUAUCCUGUCCUUCUACCUGCCCCCCCACAGCGUCGACCGCGCCUCCUUCAAGAUGACCCUCAUCCUGGGCUACACCGUCUUCCUGCUUAUCAUGAAUGACCUGCUGCCCAGCACAGCAAACGGCACACCCAUUAUAGGUAUCUAUUUCUCGGUGUGUCUGGCCCUCAUGGUCAUCAGUCUACUGGAAACGGUCAUCAUCACAAAUGUCCUCCACCACAGCUCCAUGAAAUAUCAAGAGGUUCCAAACUGGGUGAGGGUGGUUGUCCUCAAACACAUAGCCACCCUUAUCUGCUAUCGAUGGCCUGAGGACAUCCAGCGCCCCUCAGUGCAACAGAAGGAUAAACCUGAAAGCUCAAACAGAGGUUCAGAGUCGUGGAUCAUCCAACCAGCCAGCCAGACACCUCCCCAACACUCAAACAGCAGCGGAGGUACAGCUGCUCUUCCUGAACUACAACAGAUCUGUCAAUACCUCAGCGACCUUCGUGCCCACCUCACCUCGCUGCAGAAGGAGAGCGAGCUGCAAGACCAGUGGUGCCACGUAGGAUAUGUCCUUGACUUCCUGCUCUUCCGCAUCUAUCUGCUGCUUAUUUCAUGUUACGCCCUGGUCAUCAUCUCCAUGUGGUGCGUCUGGAUCAGCCAGUCCCCCCUGCUAAAGCUGAAAAUGAGAGAUGUAAAACCUGCUGAGCUCAUCUUCAUCUCUUUCACGCUGCUUCACGGAUUUGUAGCAACAUUGAACUGCACAAGUCCAACUCCUGAAGCCUUGUUUGAUGCAUUUGAGAGAGAAUUAUUCCCUAAAGUGCUACUGCCGCCUGUAAAAAGCUUUUCAAAGUCAGUUAACAUAACCAUCGGUAUCACUGUGGUGGGAGUUGUAGGAGUGGAUGAAAAAUCUCAAAUCCUGACAACACUUAUAUGGCAAGUUCUGGAGUGGGAUAUAGAGGGACUGAUGUGGGAUGAGGAGGAAUGUGGAACUUCGAGAGUCUCUAUCCCUCGAGAAAAGCUUUGGGUCCCAGAUGUCCACAUUGCAGAGUUCAUGGAGGAGGACAAAUCUCCCAAAACUCCUUAUGUCUACUUAUUAAACACAGGUCGUGUAUUUGAUGAUAAGCCAAUCAGAGUGAUCAGCUCCUGCCGAUUAGUAAUCUACACUUUCCCAUUUGAUAUCCAAAACUGCACUCUGACCUUCGGAUCAUAUCUACACUUUGCUUCGGAUGUGAGGAUGAUUCAAGGCACCACAGCUGAAGAGAUCCUGGAGGAGUCCCUCGAUGUGAUGGAGACCAAUGGCGAGUGGGAGCUUGCAGGUAUCGGUAUAGCUCCCUAUGCCCUGACGUUAGAGGAUGGAAGCUACUCUGAGAUCAAAUACCAUAUUAUUCUGAAACGCAGACCACUCCUCUAUGUGGUGAACCUGCUGAUCCCCAGCUGCUUCCUCAUCACAGUGGACCUCUUCAGCUUCCUGUUGCCUCCCCAGAGCGUGGACCGGUCCUCCUUCAAGAUGACCCUCAUCCUGGGCUACACUGUCUUCCUGCUCAUCAUGAACGACCUGCUGCCUGUCACUGGAGAUACAACACCUCUCAUUAAUGUUUUCUUCUCAGUCAGUCUGGCUCUGAUGGUAGCCAGCCUGUUGGAGACGGUGUUCAUCACCAACAUCCAGUUCAGCUCCAGCCAGUACAGCGCAGUGCCUAAGUGGCUCAGUGUCCUCGUGUUACGAUAUCUUGCUCUUGUAGUUUGUCUCCCUCCAAAGAAAAAGAGCAACCGGGUCACUGUCUUCCUCAACCCAUCUCAUGGAGAACCAGCAAUGAGAUCCAGCAUCGGGGAAAUCUCAGCCAUUUAUCCUAAAAGCGUUUUUAGUGACAAACCUCCAGAGAAACUCCCUGCGGCCCCUCAGUCCCCUCCUGAUCCGGUCCUGGAUGAACUGAGGAAACUGAGCAAAGAUCUCCUGUCCAUCCGCCUCCAGAUGGACAAACACUUCAAGGGGAGCAGUACCUCGGAGGAAUGGCAAAUGAUCGGGAUAGUCAUCGACCGCCUGCUGUUCGGCUUGUACAUUAUCUUCAUAGUGGUCAGCUUCAUCACCAUCAUAGCUAUCUGGAUCUGGAACAACUCGUACAAAGCAUGAUUCAACUACAGGGUUGGGAUCAUACAUAUAUCACAGACAGGAAAUGGUCACACAUAGCAGCAGUUUGUACGAUGUAUUAAAGAUGUGGAAGUUAGUAUCCUCUGGGGUAAAGAACAAUCAUCUUGUAGCAAAGAGACUGUCGGUCCUUACUGUGUUGUCUCCUUUAAAUCUGAGAUUUGACUACUGAUCAUGGAACAGCACGCAGUGCUGAGGAACCGAACAUGUUGUAGCUCCCAGAGGUGCAGGUGUUGAAAAAUAAAAUGGGUGAGUGGUUACCGGAGGUGUUGAACAACAAGUCCUGCGCUUUGCGAAGUGUGUUCAUGAUCUGGAUCCAACUGCAAACAUAAAAUAUGUGAAUUGUAUGUCUUUUCCAUUUGUGUUCAUUUACAGUAUUUGUGAGGAUCAGAUGAUACAGGGUAAUAAUCGUAGUAAAAGUGCAGCUAAGCUUUUUCUGUUGAGAUUAUAUCCUGCAAGAUAUAAUACCAGUAAAUCUAAAUAGGCAUUUUAUAGACCUCAGCUUACUUUACUCCAAAAAAUAUGUAGCAGUGAUAUCAAAAAAGAUUUACAGAUCAAGCACUACUCAUUUAGAGAGAUAACCUGAAGGCUAAACAGCAUAUUUUACAAUACAUGCAGCUCUUCAAUUACAUUAAGGACUUAGACUGGUCAAAGUAAAUGAUAAGGGUAAUGCAGUUUCUGAGCUUAUAGAGUUUUUUAUUUUUCUUCUAUACUUUUUAUAUUUUGUAUCUACUUUGUAUAAAUUUCCAUUUAUUAAAACAGGAAGGAGUUUUCUUCUUUGUUUUGUGUCAAUGCAGCAACGUUGUGUUAUGUGAACGUAAAGGUGUGCAGGUGUAAACACGUUUGCAGUUUUGCAAUUUAAGAUAAGAGUUUGAGAAUGUCCUUUAUUGAUUGAGCUUUAUAUUUUAAAGUGCAGCAAUACCUUUCUUUUUUUAAUGGAGGAACUAAAUGCAUGCAUUUGCCUGUUUGAACUUUAUUUUAUGACCAUGUUUAAUGA